AUGGUUGAAAUUAUGGCAGAUUUUAAUGUACCACACCUAUGCUUUCCAUGUCUUUCAACUACUGAAAGCAAAUUCUAUUGUCUUCGGCAAUGUGAGAUUGAUUUCAACACCCGAUACAAGGAAUGUGUCUUACUUGAAACCCUUCUCAGUUAUCUUGGACUUGCAGUUAACAUUAAGGAUUCCUUACGUUUUUUAAGAAUAUUUAACCUACCUUACCGAGCAUUGAAUGAACAAACUUUUACAUCGCUUCGAAAAUUGGCUCGACAAGAUAAUCUAUCAGUUACUCAAGUAGCCAUCUCAUUUGUUGGUCGCAUGAGGUUAGGGGACUCCAGCUACGCUCCCGAAUGUGAUCAUCCGCUUCGUCGGUGGUCUUCAGGUUUGAUUCAUCUGGUGGAUUCUAUCAAUAGGUGUCACGAUGUAUUGUCUGGGGCUUCUAAUGAUAGUUUGUUGGCAUCGGGCACUGCUAAUUCACUAAUGACCAUUGAUGACGCUGUGAAAUCUGUAUGUCAAUGUAUUCGUGUUUCAUGUAGUAUUUUGCGGAAACCUGGUGUAGUUGAUGAAAGUAUGCAUGGAGAAAUGAAGACAACUAUCAACUUUUCAGAAAUCUCUACUGUCUGCGAUAGUCUUGUUAAACGUAUUUAUCAAUUGUCUUCCACAAAUAUUAUUUCAAACAUGUGUCGUGAUACACCGGAUAGACCCUUACAUGCAGGAGGAAGUUUACGAGGUAGAGGAGCCUUUAAACUCAUACGUAUAUUACUUGUAACUGAAUCUGAAAGACUGAAAAUCGCUUCGACUAAAUAUCCCAAUUCAUUGUCAACGACAAAUAGUUCGUAUUCAUUUAACGAUUGUUCGAAUACACCCCCGAAUCACUUGAAAAAGUCUAAUACACCAACUACCGAUGGUCGUACAUGCAAACUGCUUCCAAUGUUUAUGUCUCCAUCUACACCAAUCGUAAACAAAUCAUCACCAUUUACCAGUGAUCAUAUUUCUCCACAAAUUAAAAUGAAUGAUGAGAAUAAAUUUCCUCCAAUGCCUAAACGAACUUUCAUGUCUCAUUAUCAAUCUAACCUAGAUUGGGUUAGCGGUCAUUGUUCUCCAUUAGUUAGUUAUGCUGACUCCAUUAAUGAAACCAGUUCAUUACCAUGUUGGCAAGUUGUCAAUGAAGGUUCACAAUCCAAUAUAUCAUUGAUUAAUAGCGGCUAUUCCGAACAUGGAACUCCAACUAAAUUGUCUAGUCUGAAAAAAAAACGGUCAAGGACUUUAUUCACAGAAGAAAAUGUUAAAAUUAGUGGUGUUGGGGAUGUACGCACCGACUUACUUAUUAAAAGAAGCAGUAAACGAGAUUCACAAGAAGUGAAUAGGUAUGAAAGAAGAUCACAACAAAAUAUUAAACAUUCUAACCAAAGAAAGAGUCAAUUGAAAAAGACUUCAUCUGCUAACAACAAUAGACAACGACAACGUUCUUUACUGGAAUUUUUAAAAUAUAG